AUGGGCUCCCCCAAUAGCAUGGCGCCCUUGGAUCCUAACACCGGUCGACAUCAGUACCCUGCUGACCGAAAUCGCAUCAAUUUUCGGCCCAGCCGCCCGGACUUUGUGGCCGCUCGAAGACGAUGCAACGAUGCGCUCUCAAAAUACAACGCUUUCACGGAGCGUUGUAGUGAUGAGGAACGUGUUCGACUGUGGCUCAACGUUGUCGACCCUGCAAGAGUUCGUCAAGGCCUUCCAAGAUGUUUGAGAUCUCAGAUGCCGGACCCUGCUGUCGAUCCUCGCGCCCAUGAUAAGGCGCUGAUGGAGUAUAGAGGCUGCUGCGUCACUGAGCCUAACGAUGCUGCUGGAUUCCACACGGAGAAGCUGGUCCUUGGUGAGCUUGGGAUGAGCAACUCUGACAAUUGCGUCAUGGGGGAGGGUACAGCGAAGCUAGCCCAGCAGCGCAUCAUUCCAGACAUCAAGCCCGGGAUUUUGAUGGAGUACGGGUUACGUGUGCGCAUCCACCCAACCGUAGGCAUCAACUACCAUUGCACAAUCAUCGACUCACCUGUCGCUGAUAUUGACAUCGGCCCGCAUGUUUUGAUUGGCCCCCACGUCAAGCUUUUCAGCGUCGGGCAUUCUCUGGCCUCCGAUGAAGCUGGAGAUCGUACUGUCUACGCAGGCCCUAUCACUAUCGAGGCUGGCGUCUGGGUUGGUGGAAACUCCACAAUUCUCUCAGGCGUUACUAUUGGUGAAGGCGCUGUCAUUAGUGCUGGCAGCGUCGUUACAAAGGAUAUUCCCCCCUACAGUGUCGCAGUCGGCAGUCCCGCUCGAGUUCUGAGAUACAUCAACGCUGAGGAAGAUGGUCCCCAGGCGGACGACUACGAAGCACAAACCCUCGUUGACGCUUUGAUGGUCGGCGGCACAGGUGAUCCGACGGGCGUUCAGGACGCCCUGACAGAAGCUCGCAUCAUUGGCAAGUACAUGACGCCGCAGAACCAAGAGCUUUACAACAAUAUGCACCACUGA